AUGAGCGCGCAUUCCGGCGACAGCGACGAGUGGAGCAUGGCGGAGGACGCACCGGAGGUUGUGGAGGCCGCGGACGCGGACCGGCGCUCGCAGGAGGCGGAUGAAGACAUGGCGCUGGCGGACCAGACGCUGAGGAACGACCAGCGCCUGCCGAGCCACGCCGCGGAGCAGGAGCCGGUCCCGCUGCCCGGGAUUCCUGUUGGAGGGCCAGCGCCCGACGUGGUGCUCGACAUUGACGGGGUCAGCGUAUCUGCGCACCUGACGGUGCUCAGCCUGCACUUCAAGGCCAUCUCCGACGCGAACGACAACAGCAGCAGCUUCAUCUGCCACUGGGUCGAUGGCCCCCAGCGCAAACUGAAGGUCAUCCUGCCGGAGAACGGCACCGGCACCGAGCACGCCAUCAUGGUGCUCAGUGCCGCGUACGACUCCGACGACCUCAUGGACUACAUCAAGGCGCAGCCCACGGUGCCUGCGCUUCUGGACGCCGCGUGCUCCCUGGGCACCUUUGCUGCACACAUGGGCGCGCCGGGGCUCGCCGCGAAGAUCGACCGCAAGUCCGCGCGCCGGUUCAGUGCUCUCGCGACCCAGGACCUGCGGUGCGUCGCGGCGGACGACUCCGGCGCCCCGGGCGCGCCUAUCACCGCCGUGUGCCGCCUGGCGUCGGCAGUCGUCAACGCGCAGCUUCCGGCGCUGCGCGACGCCCUCCUCGCGCGCGGCGCCGACUGGAUCACCGCGGCGCUCGCCGCGGCCGACACGGGCGCCGUCGACGCCGUCCGUGACGCGGUCCGCGCGGCUGCACAGUGCGACGACUACGAGGUGCGGUCCGCGGUGACGGAGCUGUGCGUCGAGGGCCUCGUGCGGUCCGUGCGGCGCGGAGACGGCGCGGGCGGAGCCGCCGCGAGCAUGCAGCAGGCGACGCAGACGGCGCAGGCUGCGCCGGAGGCACCGGCGGCGCGUGCGGAGCAAGCGCAGGCGGUGUUCGAGCGCGGGCUGCGUUCGCUGCUGCAGGGCGCGAACGAGCACAUGCCGGCGAUCGCGCAGCACCUGGAGCGCGCCGCCGGGGACGUCGAGCGCGCCCUGGAGACCGCGCGUGCGUCGGUGCAGCGCGACGUGGCGGGCGCGGCGGCGGCAGCGGGCGACGCGUCCGGCGAGGCGGUCGCAUCGGCCGUGCGCGCGCUCGUCCGCGGGCUGGCGGACGCGGCCCGGGCGGGGGCCCGCGCGGCCGCCGAGGCCGCGCCAGGCGACCGCGAGGCGAGCCCGCCCGGCGCGCGGCACUACCGCGCCUCGGUCGCGACGUUCGACUUUGUCGCGCGGAUCGUGAAUGCCGCGCGGACCCUCCGCGACGCGUCGGGGCGCCCGCAGUUUUCGCGCAUCAUCAUCACGGCGAAGGAGAGCGUGACGGUCGACUGGAUCGAGGUCUCGCUGCGCUCGGCGUGCAUCUUCGACGUGCACAGGGCUGCCGUGCCCGUGCGCGCCGCGGCGCCGAGCAGCGAGCCCGAGGCCGAGGCCGCACUGCCGCACGUCCAUAUCGUGUCGUCGCGCUCCGCGCUGCCGCCGGCGGUGCGCAGGGGCGCGCUCGUGGUGAACUACGACGCGCCCGACGCGGUCGAGGAGUACGUGCAGCUCACGGACGGCGCCGCGGCCGCGGUGACGUUCACGGCCACGACGCGCGAUGAGGCGGUGCUCGCGGACCUUCAGGCCUCGCUGCGGCAGCAGGGGGCGAGUGUCGGCGCGCUGACGCCCGCGAUGUCGUACCAUGCGCUCCAGGAGGCGCUCGGCAGGGCGCCGCGCUCUGCCUCGACGCGGCGCACGCGUGUGUGCCGCGACGCGCCCGGCGGGCAGCAGGCGCGGGGCAGGGCGCCGGCGCGCAGCAACGUCGAGGGGGACGUCACACGGCUGAUCGAGCAGGGCGCACGUGAGCUGCGCAACGCAUACGAGCACCUCGGGGUCGACAUCGGGCCUCUGUUGCAGGUUGUCGAGUCGCCGCAGGUGAGCAACGUCAUCGGGGCGUUCGAGCGGAUGAUCUCCGGCGCGGCGGGGUCGCAGCGCACGUGA